GCGGCCGCUGCCCGCCCCGAACGCCCUCCGCCAUUCCCCGCGCCCGCCGCCUCACCCGUGAUUCCGCCUUGCUUGCCUGCCAGCCUGCCCGUCCGUCCUUACGUCCGUCCGUCCGCCGUUUGGAUCUAUGGUUGUGUGCGGUGGAUUUCGUGACGUUAACCUGGCGGCCCUGAAAACGCCGUGUGGACCGGCCGCGCCGAUUUUCGUGCCGCAGCAGCGAGACACCGUGUCGUCGUUGUCGACGGGUCGCGAGUGCGCGAGAACGCGAGUGUUUUUUAAUCGCGGUGGCCCGUUGUUGCCGUCGCCGCCGCCGCCGCCACCACCGCCGUCGCAGCCGCAGCCGCAGCCGUCGUCGUCGACGUCGUCGUCGUCGUUACUCGCUAACCCUGCUGCUGCUGCUGCCGACGACGAACGGCUCUACCGGGCCAGGGAAUACAGAGUCGUAUCGAGGGAAUAGCUUGCCGCGGGUAAGAUUGAAUGUGCGCCGCGGGUAGGAGCGACGAGGGAAAGAUGCUCGUUGCCGUCGCGCGUCAUCCUUGUCGUCGUCAUCGUCAUCGUCGUGGCCGCUAGCGAACGUGUCGCGCCACGGGAGACGUCUCACGGCGUCUCGGUAACAGCUUCGCCACGACGAGGUUAACCUGGUGGAUCCAAGAGAGAAGACUUGUGCUCCGUCCCGACUUUGUGCUUCUUUUGUCAAGUGUAUCAUUGCUUCUUCCUUUUUCUCUUUGUCCUUGCACAUUUGUCCAUUCUCUGUCUCUCUCUCUCUCAACCAUUGGCUUUCCCUCUGUUUCUCUCUCUCUCUCUCUCUUUCUCUCUCGUCGAUAUCUGUCUUCUCACUCCCUCGCUCUCUCGCUCCUCCGCUUCUCAUUCUCUCUCUUUUAGGCAAUCACGCGAGUGUGCGUAAUCUCUCAUUUUCUUUCUCACGUACAUCCACGCACCCACACACACACAUACACGCAUACAGCAGCGUGAACUACACGCCACGAAUACGUUCUCUCUCUCUCUCUCUCUCUCUCUCUCUCUCUCUCUCUCUCUCUCUCUCUCUCUCUCUCUCUCUCUCUCUCUCUCUCUCUCUCUCUCUCUCUCUCGCCGUUUCUCGUCCUCCACCCAAUCCGCUCGCUCUUCUCUCUCGCUCCCACGUUCUCUCUCCCGCUUUCCGUGUAUCCUGCUUAUUCUUCGUUCAGGAUAAAACGGGAUAAGGAUUAAGAGGAAAGGAAGAAAAAAAGAGGAGCGGCCUCUCGUUACGACGACGAUGACGACGACAACGUGAAACGUGGUGCUGCCUACGGCCGCACCUGCGUCCGAAAGUAGAAAACUGCCCAAAAGUUACCAAGCUGCCGCGAUACAGUGCCCCGCCGUGCAGUGUGUACAGUGAAAUAACGAGGCGUCUAUUCCUACAAGCGAGAAUCGCCGUCGCCGUCGUCGCCGUGGCGGUCUUUGGGGAACAACGCCGCGACGCUAUGCGCCGUUUCGCGUCGUGUCGCGUCGCGUUGCGUCGCGCCGCAGUAUGUGACCGCGUUUGCCUCGAUCACAUUCGCGUGCACGUUCGCGUGUUCAUAUUCUAAAUCCUUAUCGUACGUGCUCUCCUGGCGUUUCAUCGUUCGUUCUUCGCUCGCUCGCUCGCUCGUUCGCUCGCUCGUUCGCUCGUUCGUUCGUCGCGCCGAUCUCGAAUUAGCUGCCGAUGACACUCGGUGUGCCGCCGAGAUCGUUGUGUGCCGACUCGCGCAAAGGUGUCGCGAUUACCGACCGAGUGCACGCGACGCUAUCACGCCCGUGUCCCGUUCCUCCGUGAACGUGAUGCACCGUCGAGCAGGCUGCCCGGUGGUGCCGGUGCCCCUUCACCCCCGAGUUCGGCCCCGCGCUCUUCCACCGAACCCCGUUCGGUGCCUGUGUGCCCGCCGCUCGUCCGCCCCGUCGACGGAGUCAUCAUCAUCAUCAUCAUCGUCAACGUCGUCGCCGUCGCCGCCUCUCUCAGUGUGCUUCUCAGUGAUGUACCGCGUGUGACCGACGCGGUGGCCCCCCGUCGUAUCGCAACGUAUCUUUGUGCCAGGAGCGUCGCAAAAGUAUCCCGAAAAUAACGGGGCCUAUUAAUAGGAGAUAUCUCUCGGCGUGGCGGCCGCUCCGCGUGUGAACUUGAAGAUUAAGCGAGAGGAGAACAGAAGAGAGGAGAGGCAGAGCGACCGACCGACCGACCGACCGACGUUCGCUACGAUUGUUGCUGCUGUCGAAAGAGAAGGAUUCUCGGUCACCGGGGUCGACACUCGACGUCUCGGAUGGAAACGACGGCAAGAAGAAACAAACGAAGAGGCGGCGGCACGCAAAGGAGAUCGCAGCGGAAGCGGCGACACGAGGAAGAGGCGGCGAAACACAACACGAGGACACAAGAGGAGGAAGAGACGUGAGUUUCGGCGAUUCUACGCGGGCAGGGUGCACCGUGUGUCUGUGUGUGCGUGCAUGUGUGUGCGUCGCGGUACCGCGUGACAGUGCACGUGGACGGAGCGCGCGUGUGUGAGACAGUGCGCGCGGUGCAGUGCGACAGGCAACGAGGGAAGGGAGCAAGAGGAGGAGGAGGAGGAGGAGGAGGAGAGGAAGAAAGAGAAGGUGCGACGCGACGAGAGAAGGUGAAGGAGAAAAGAGAAUACAGGAAGCGAGGAGGCGACUUUUCCGCGCGAGCGAGCGCGCGCGCGCGCACGCUCGCCGACGCCAGGAGUAUGCUGUGGGGUGACGUCGCGGCGUCGCGGAUUUCACGGAUCGAUCGGCCGAUCGAAUUCUCUAAAUAGGGAUAUAAUACGCGCCGCGCGCCCCCACACCCCCCACCCUACGGCGUCUGUGUGUGCGUGCGUGUGUGCGUGUGCGUGUACCAUAUGUGUACGGGCGCGCGCGUGUGCGUCGUAACUGCUGCACGGAGGAAGAAGAAGAGGAAUCGUCGUCCCCGCCCGGCCGGUGAAUCGAAUCGCCGCGCCGGUGGAUCGACCGCCGCCCGCCGCGGGAAAACUCGAGACCCGGUUCGCUUUCCACGGCUGACGUCAUUACCGUUCACAAUGCGCUAGGGGUGAUGGAGACAGUGGGCAAGCAAGUUCAGGUAGUGAGUGGACUGGGGGUGGGGGGUCCAGUGGGCCCUGUGGGCCCAGUGGGGGGAGAUCUGCAUCACCAUCAUCAUCCACACCCGCACGCCCAUCCUCCGCACCCGCACUCCCACCCCCACGGUCACCCCCAUGGGUCUCAUGGCCACUCGCUCGCGACGUCGAACCCCGGCAGAGGUCAGCCUCAACCACCAACCUCGCAUAACCAGCACGUUCCUGCGAGGUCCACUUCAGUACAGCUGCACAGACCGACGCAGAGCUAUGCCAACAUCAAGAGCAGUAGCCCGGUAUCACCGAGGACGAUAGGAACGGGAGCGACGUACGUGCAGGGCGGUGCGGCCGCGUCGUCCGCGGCGGCGGCUGCUGCGGCGGCCGCUGCGACCGCGGGUGGCCCCGCCGUUGCAGCCGGUGGAAUUACCGCGACGAGUAGCAGCGGUCUGGUUGGUGUUUCGAACGUUUUAUCCUCUGCAACGGGAGGAGGCGGCGGCGGCGGCGGCGGCGGCGGCAGCGGCGGCGGUGGCGGCGGCGUGAACAAUAGCGGCACGAACAACAGCGGUGCGAGCAACAUCGGUAGCGGCGGCGGCGGUGGUGGCGGCAGCGGCGGCGGCGGCGGCGGUGGUGGUGGCGGCGGUGGCGGCGGUGGCAAUAGCAACAGCAGUGGCGGCGGCGGCGGCGGCAGCGGUGGUGGCGGCGGUGCUGGCGGAGGAGGAGGAGGUGGUGCUGGUGGUGCUGGCGGUGCCGGGGGUGCCGCUUCUUAUGUCACCGUGCCGAUGCUCCGCUACAUUCAUUCCUACCCUCCGACUUCGGGGUCGUCGCCGGCGGUAACGGCGGUCGUCACCACCGCACCGUCGCUGGCUGCACCCGUCGUGCCUGUGCCCGUGCCUGCGCCCGUACCUGUGGCCGUUUCCGCACCACCUCACAGUCAGCCUACCGUCAUCGCCAGCCAAACGCCGCCGCCGCCACUCACCGGGACUACCUACGCCGCGAGAGACGCGUAUCGUGCCGGCACUACGAACGUAAACGAGAGGCUCGCCAUCAAUGUGAACAGCAGUCCUCUGUCGCAAGUUGGUGGCGUUGGGGUAGUGUCCGCGGCGGAAUACAGCGGCAUGGGUGCCGGUGGCAGAGGUGAUCGGCAGAGGAUAUCCCUCUUGCCGCCUGUCGGCUCUUCGGUAACGUCUAUACCAUCGCCUUCUGCCGCCGCCGCAUCGGACUAUCAACAACAUGCGGCGGCGGCAAGGAACCCGCCGCGAGUAGGCCUCAUGCCCGUCCAGCCUGAUCAGUAUUGCAGUCGCACCCCCGUCGACAUGUCCAGUCUGCAGCAGGAUGCGCCACCCUUCAAAAAGAUCCGUUUGGGAUCGCAUCAGCAGGUCCAGCAGCUGCAGUCGCAAUCUCAGCCGCGCUGCUUGUCGCCCGCGGACCCAUGCGGAGCCAAGCAGGAACAACAGCAACAUGUCGUACAGCUGCAACAGCCACUUAGGAUAGACACCAGGGAGCAGCCUGCCGUGGGAGCGUAUACGCCACAAACGGAAGCUAUUUCGCCUACGCUUCCAGAGCCGAAUACGCAAGAGGAUGCACAAUAUAGAAGUACGAAGGACGAUCUUUUGCAGCAAAUUGGCAAGGUCGACAGGGAGAUCGCUAAAAGGGAGAAUCAAUUGAAUAUGUUGCGGAAGAGGUUAAAAGAACUAGAAGAAACAGCGAAUAAACCUCUCGAGGUAAAGGAUACUGAGGAACAGUCACAGCAACCAAAGCAUCAGUCGAUGGCGCAAAAGGUCUACGCUGAGAACAGGAGAAAGGCAGAAGAAGCUCAUAGACUCUUAGAAAGACUGGGCCCCAAAGUAGAACUACCUUUGUAUAAUCAACCGUCGGAUACAAGCGUGUACCAAGAUAAUCGUACACGGCAUCAAACAUGUAUACGAGCCAGACUUAUAACUAGGCUUCGGAGAGAACAUGCCGAGCGUGCGUCCCUUCAUCGGCAGCAAUCACAAACAUACGCCAUUUUAGUUCAAGAAUGGCAUCGUAAGGUGGAACGGCUGGAGGCAACGCAAAAAAGAAAAUCGAAGGAGACAAAGAAUCGCGAGUUCUUCGAGAAGGUGUUCCCCGAGUUGCGAAAACAGAGGGAAGACAAGGAACGUUUUAACAGAGUUGGUGCUCGCAUCAAGAGUGAAGCCGAUCUUGAAGAGAUAAUGGACGGUCUACAAGAACAAGAGGAAGAAACAUUGCAAGAUUUAAAAAAUUCCAUUAAAGCUCGUCAGAUGGAGGAUAAAAAGAUGCGUUCAUAUGCAGUCAUACCGCCUCUGUUGUUGGACGCGAAGCAACGAAGAAUCGCAUUUCAGAAUCGAAAUGGAUUGCUUCAACCAGAGGAAUUAGAAGCUCUUCAUAGUGAACGUAAAUUGAUCAAUGUAUGGAGUUCGGUGGAACAUGAAUUAUUUAAGGAAAAAUAUCUUCAGCACCCUAAGAACUAUGGAGUGAUAGCUCAAUCGUUAGAACAUAAGUGCGUUCCAGAUUGUGUACAUCACUACUACCUCACUAAAAAAGCAGAAAAUUAUAAACAACUUCUACGAAAAUCGCGUCAACGGACACGUAGCUCUCGGAACAAUCCAAAUAACAAAGUAAAUAAUACGAGCUCGACUAUCGGACCUAUAGAUAUUUUAACGACAGGCGUAACGACAAGAUUACAGCGAGAACAGCAACAGAAAACUCAAGAGAAUCCUCAGAAUAGUUCGUCAACGGCUACGUCUACAUCUACAACGAGCACCACGGUAACAUCGAGCGUAUCGUCAACAACUGUCGGAACCACGACAGUGACGACGACAACGACUCCUUUGAGCUCGAUAGCGUCGGGCGUUAGCGUAACGACGGAUUCUGUAACGGCAUCAACGACAACGACAACGACAUCUGUCCUGAACACCACCGCGACGUCGAGUGUCUCAACGACGUCGACAACGUCCAGCGCGAAGGAUUCCAGGGACGCGAGUAAAGAGAAUAAGGAGAAUAAAGUCGAUUCGAAGGAAUCUCAUCUUGUAAAGAUAGAACCGAAAGAAGAGCCACAAUCGGAUUCAGCAUCGGGGAAGGACAUUAAAGUAAUAAUGGAAGGGAAAGGCGCGUUAUCAUCAUCCGCGUCUUCGUUGAACAACGCGACGAAUGUUUCGACCAUCCAGUCAGACUUCAAGGAAUCAAGUAAAAAGAAACUAGGCAAUGGUGCUAAUGUGGCAGCUAGUGGUAGAAUAAAAGAUAAGAAGAAGGAGAAUCAUACUCCUAUGGAGACCAGUGACGAGGAGACACCGUCGAUCGACGUCAUCGAGGGUGGCAGGCAGAUAGGACCUCACGCUUGCACGGUGUGCCAAAGCGUCGUCGAGGGAAGCGCGCAUAGCCGCGCGUUACCGCGUAGCCAGGCGUCGCAGUACGGUCUACGGGAGGAUCAAGUGCCGCCUGGUGCGCGCGUCUGCAACACCUGCCGCUGCAAGGCCGUUCGAGGACGUUACACCGCCUGUCCGCUGCCAGGCUGUCCGAACCUGAGCAGCUCCAAGUCGAGAGUAAAGCGGCUGAGAGCAUUGCCCUCUAAGUGGCUUGACCUGCCACCGGAGAUCCGGGAACCAAUCGCUCAAGAAUUCCAAAUACCGAAUAGCGCGACGAAAUGUUGCUCGGCCUGCUUCAGUCGCAUAUCGCGUCGUUUAGCGCCGCAUCUUGCGGGCAGUGCCGAAGCGUCCGAGGAGGGGGCUGAUGCGUUGUCGCGCCAAUGGACGGACGAGGAGCUCGAGCAACUUCGCAGAGCACUUCGGGAACACGGCACCAAUUGGCCAAAGGUCGCCGAGCAAAUACCCGGCAAGACAAACCAUCAAUGUAAAAACUAUUACUUUGCUUAUCGAAAGAAACUGAGUCUCGAUCAGGUCGUGGCCGAAUAUUACGCUUCAUUGGGCGAAGAACGGAGACCGUGUUUGACUGACGAAGAGGAAAGCGGCAGUAGUACUAGCAGCUGCGACGAGUUAGCUGUUCACGAUUCGAGUGACACAGCCAGUGCAGGAAGUCCAGCAACGACUAUGACAGGCAGUAACGCGGCGUCGAGUGGUACUGCGGCGACGUCGGCGAUGACUUUCCAACGGUCCACCGAUCAGAAACUUGGUGAUAAACUCUCGGAAAUAGCCGUGGUAUCACUCGUGCCACCUGGAUCAUCUCACCAGUCUUCCAGUAGCGGAACUGCUACCGCUACAUCCGGUGGCAGGGAGGAUUACGAUAGUUCUGCCACGGAGACAGCGGACGAAGGUCAGGGUGGUGCUGACUUGGAUAAUGGCAGUGUUGUGGUGACUCUGACAUCUUCCAGCAAUAGUUCGACAUCGUUGCAACAACAGAGUCAACAACAGAGCCAACAUCCGCAGCCACCACCAAUUCAUUCGCCACCUUCGACGACAAGUUCCAAUUCCAAUCCGCUCACUGUCAAAGAUCUCAUGCUUGGAGUCAUCGAGAUGCAAUUAAAACGUAAUCCCAACAGUCCAGCCGACGGUAGUUCGUCAGCACCCAAUAGCUCUGGCACUCCGACGAUAUCUAGUAUCUUGAAAACAGAUCAUCGUAACGACAUAACAUAUGUCCGUGGCUACAAAUCGUCAUCAAAUAUGGCGAACACUACGUUGACUAAUAGAGAUUCAAAUCUAGCAACGCUCUCUGUAGUCUCGGGAUCUCAUCAUGGUCAUCGUUCUGCUCCUAGUCCGCAACAAAUUGGCCAGAUGCAGGCUACUAUUACUCCUUGCCCGCCAUCUGUACCGAGUAGUCAAGCUGCGUCAUCCGAUUUGCUACCUAAGGAAGGUUUGGUCGUCAUGCAAGUGCAACAAGCGCUUCGAGAAACGGAAGGAACAUUGGAUUUGAGUAUCAAAAAACCAAGACAAGAUUACAAUCAUUCGAUGCAGCUUCAUAAGCCGCCGACGGUCACGCUCUAUCGGCCGGAACCACCGCCGGGGGCGUAUUAUCAUCCUCACACACCUCAUCCCGAGCAAGGACGUGGCGCGAAGAGUCCAUUGAUUUAUGCUUCGUCACCGCGACCGCAAGCACCCAUUACGCCCAAGAUGAACAAAGUCACCGUACCACCGCCUCAUCCUAAGUUAUCACCAAAAUUGAGCAGCAUGGGUACGCCAAGUCACAAAAGUGGUUCUAUCACCCAUGGUACGCCAGUAUCCACAACGCGUUAUGAAGGCCUGUUGCGGCAAAUGACGCCACCUGGUAAUCCCUCGGUUACUGGUGCCGCUCCGAACGCUAGUGAACGAGGUGGCGGCGGUGCUAUCAACGCCGGUUCCGCUGGCCCAGGGACGCCAAAAGAUACAAGUGGUUCGAUCACUCAGGGUACACCGGUGCUUCCGUUUGCGGUAGACAAACGCGGCGCGCCUAUGUACGAUUAUCAUCGUACCAUCCGACAUUCGCCUGUUACGGGCAGUGGCAAUGUGCCACCACCGGGACAGUGUCCGACGAGCCAGGCGGCAUCGCCAGCCGUGGUAGUGAGCCACGGCAGCAGCCAGUACAAUUCUUAUUCUGCCUCUGGACGACCACCACCCAGUUACACAAUGGAGCAACAGUUAUCCAGUCGGCAGAUUAUCAUGAAUGAUUAUAUUACGAGUCAACAGAUGCAUGCUCGUGCUCGUAGCGGUAGUAGUUCUGGUGCUGCUGUCGCUGCUGAGACAACCAAUAAGAGCGAGCCGCCACCGCCACCAUCGUCCACCCUCUACUAUACCAGCACGCCUCCCCCAUCACAAACGCAUACGCAACCGCGGCAAGGUGUCAUCCAGAGGCACAAUACGCAGAAGCAAAUGCAUUAUCCACCACCGCCACCUGGUCUAGAGGCGUUCUCCAGUUUAGUGGAUGUGGCAGUACAGCAACCCAGUCUUCCGGUGCCACAUCCGCACGGUCAUCCAGCUGCAUCCAGUAGUGGUGGUCACGAAGGGCUCGGCAAGACGAUGGCGGAUCGUUUGUUGGCCGAUCGUCAACAUUACGACAAUAAUCGGGCUUUUCAUCAAGAAAUGCGGAUGCAGGAACAUCGUAUGGCGGCAAUGCAAGCUGUAGAACACAGAUUAGCAGCAGCGGCUGUGGCAGCGCAUCAUCAACGCGAUCGAGAUAGAGAACGCGAUCUCGUUCAUCUGAGAGAAAAGGAGGAACACCGUUUGCAUCGUGAAAAAGAAUUGCAGCAGCAACUGGAACACCGUCUUGCGGUGCAGCAACAUCAUCAACGUGAAAAAGAUCUUCAGCAACAAGAGCAUCGUCUUGCGCAGCAGCGGGAAAAGGACAUGCAUGUCGAGCAUGCUCGUUUAUCCGUACAACAAGUCCGAGAGAAGGAUAUUCAACACGAGCAUCGGCUUAGCGUACAUCAGCAGCGGGAAAAAGAGAUACACCAGCAAAUGGUGGCAGCUGCUGCGCAACGUGAGAAGGAGCACGAACAUCGAUUGGCUGUACAGCAGCAACGCGAGAAGGAGAUGCAACAGCAGGAACAGCGACUUGCUAUGCAGCAACAGCAUGAGAAGGAGCAUGCCGAACGACGUCUAGCUAUGCAACAAGCGCAUCGCGAAAGGGAUCUAGCACAUCUCCAUCAACAACAGCAACAGCAACAACAGCAGAUUCAGCAGCAUAUUCAGCAACAACGUUUGGAGGCCGAGAGAAGACACAUUGCGCAAUACAGAGAUCUGUACAGAGAUCAACAACAACAGCAAAUUGACAGAGAUUCGUCGAGACUAACAAGCCUCGGAUUCUCCUCACAGUCCUCUAGGCUUCAGCAAUCUCAGCAAUCUCAACAGCAACAGUCGACGUCAUCGUCAUCGUCGCGACAGAGUCAGUCCUCCAGUCAGCAGAACGAUUCGUCGACUCUUACAGCCGCCAGUCUGAUUGAUGCUAUCAUCACUCAUCAGAUUAAUCAGAGUGCCGAUAAUCCUAGUGCUAGUGGAUCCUCAGCUAAUCAGCCAGUACGUGCUGGCGAUCGUCUUUUUCAGGGAUUUCAUCGUGAAGCUCAACAAGAACCUAAUGGCAUAGCUCACAGUCCCGCUGGUGAAGGCAGCGGCGGUGGAAGUGGUGGAAGCGGCAAUGGAAGUGGCAGUAACAAAGCGAUCACUCUCGGCGAGCAUGUUGAUCAUAUUGUUUCUAAAGAUUAUGGCCCGCCACAUUCGUCGUAUAGAUACGGAUUUCAAGUUACCGAUAAGAGACGAAAAUAUAAUGAGCCCGACUCUGUGAAGACCGGGGAUGAGCGUCAAAUAAUACGCGUUGCGCAACAGCAGCAGACGCAGCAGCAACAGCAACAUCAGUCAUCGGGAAAACAGCAAUAUCAUUCGGUCGAGCCGGUCUCGCCACCGGAGGCAACUACCAAUCAUUAUGAACGUCGCUUCUAUGAAUCGAGCACUGCCACAUCCACUUCCGGAACUCCCUCCAACAAGUCGCAUUUGUUCGAUUACGUGAAGAAUAGAAUCGUCGAGUGUAUGCGCACUGCGGACGAUAAGACGGGUGGUGGCGGCAGUGAUGGUGGUGUGAGCUCCGACAGAAAUGGAGGCGGUAAUUCCGUUAUAUCAGAGAAGGAUGAAAAGGGAGCUAGUGCGGGAAGUGUGGAGAGAAGCCCAUCGAGUGGUGGUGGCGGUAGCGGAAGUAGUGGCGGCAGCGGCGGUGGCAGUGGCGGCAGUGGCAGCGGCAGCGGUAGCGGCAGCAACGGAAACAGUGGCGGCGGCGGCAAUAGCAGCGGAAACAAUGAGAUGGUAGUUGACGAUGCAAGUGGACCGAAUCCAACCUCUCGUGAACAACCACCGCCGCCUACGCCCGCAGCUACCACUACGUUCUAUCCGUUUAGCGCGUUAGGGGUACACACGGGACCACCGCCGGCCCCGCCACCUGCCACAGCCACAACUGCUUCUGUGACAAAAUCGGAACAGAUGCAGGCCGAGCCGGCACCAUUGCUCUCCUCGCAAUACGAGCCGCUUUCGGACGAGGAUUGAUAGUCCUCUAUGACUGCUCAGCGUUAUAACUGUUCUUACGCUAAACUGGCAUACGCUAGCACGACGAUGCACGGCAAUUAUGAAUGCAAAGAAAUGCUGUGGCACACGUCUUUUUAGGAUACUCGCAGAUGAUCAUCGAUUAAAAUAAUGAUUCAUUGUAUUGGACGAUUUAUCGACGCUUUAUGGGCAAUCAGAAGCCACACUGCGUUCUUGUCGCCAAAUCCUAAUAUAAUUUAAGAGACUUCUUUUUUUAUAUAUACGCAUAUAUACCCAUAUAUAUAUGUAUGUAUAUGUAUAUAUGCAUAUGUAGAUAUAUAUAUAAAUAUGAGAAUUUGCGAUCUCCGGCGAGGUAAGUGGAGAAAUAUGUUUUAAAGUCUCACACAUGUUGUUUUACAAACUCUUUGUAAUUGUAUUUUUAGUCAAACAUCAUUCCCGCGUUACGUAAAAAGAGGUAAACACUAACGAAACGAAUACUUGAUUUUAUUUGCCUUCUCGCGGUGUUGCGCUGACUUUCAGUUAAAUACAUAGCGACGAAUAGUUUUAUCUAAUAAUUAGUUAUUUGCGAUGUAUAAUUUAUAAUGCCGAUAUGGACAUUAAAGUUAUCUGUAUAAAUAUAUAUGUAUAUGUACGUGAACGUGAAAAAACCGAUUACAUUUGACCGCCGUGAUUUGGAUGGGCUCCUUUUUUAAAAUCCGUGAGUUAAUUGUAUAGGUUCGAAUUUUAGUUUAGCGAAAUUUUAUGAACGUGAUAGUUUCAAAAAAAGAAAUUAUUACAUAUAUUAAAUAACAUAUACUCGCCUAUACAUAUACAUAUUUUUCACCUUUAGGUUUUUCGAUACUCGCAGAUGUAUAUGUGUAUGUUAGCGUUUCAUUUAGCAAAGGAAAUAAACCUGGAUCGGCACUCAAUAUAUUCAUUCUAUUUCAUAUAUAUAUAUAUAUAUAUAUAUAUGAAUAUAUACAUGUAUGAAAUAUAUAUAUAUACUAAUAUACCGAGUGCGCGAAACUUUAGUCGUUCAAUCGAGGUGAAUUAUUAUUUUUUAUGUUGACUUGGGCUUUAUUAGUCCGCAAAAAGACGUCGGUAUACGCGCAAGCAUUUGAUCUGUGAAACAUCUAGGUCUAUAUAUGUAUAUCCCAUAUGUUCACAAUACAGACGCUUCUUUUGUACAUAAUUGGAAAAAAAAUAUAUCUAAUCGUUAAGCGGUAAUAUACAACGCUGAUGAGGGCGUGCGUGUUUUUAUUUGGAAUGAGUCUGUGAUGUAUCUGGGAUUAAUAGGUUCAACUGUGUUACAUACCAGUGCAAAACAUAGCCUGUAGUUCGAAUUGAAGAUGAGAGAAAGAGAGAGAGAGAGAGAGAGAGAGAGGGGGAGAGAAGAGAAGCGCGAAAUAUGUCGAGGAAAAUACCGUAUUCUAACACGGGUGAAUAAAUUGAGAUAUCCUGGCGACGAGAAUCAACUUUCGACGAUCGUUUUCAUCUUGGUGAGGUGGGUUUAAAAAAACAAAAAAUUGUAACACAAAGUGUGUUGUACAUAGCAUAUAGUACAUAUUAAUUUCUAAGUUGAACAAGUAAUAUGGCUAGAUAAUCCGUACACGCUAUUAUAUAAGGAGUUUAGGUUUAGAAAUAAAAUCGACGUAGCCAGCAUUUAGGAGUUUAAACAGCCACGAUUUUAGGAGAAGAAACUCUCCCGGACUUACUUAUUAAAAUAAAUAAUGGCAAAACAAACAUGCAAGCGAUUAAAUUGAUGGAAUUAUCAUUCGCGAAGCGAAAUUGAAUGUAGAUUUAUUUUAUCUGUUUCAAACAAAUCUGAAAGAAUGUGAGAGAGAAAGAGAGAGAGAGAGAGAGAAAGAGAGACGGACAGAAUGAAAGAACGCUCUAUCACUUACACGCACAACACACACGACAUAUACACGUAUACAUGCAUACUUUUUAUACAGCCUAAUUUUAUAUUUAUAGCUUCAACUAUUUUGCGAUCUGCGCCUCGUUUCUUCGUCAUCGUGACACUCGAAUUCUUCAAACGUCAUGGCGAGAGUUGCUUCUUUCAAUCACUGAGUCGCCACUUCUGCCAGAUUGCGUCUCAAUUAUAUAUAUAUAUAUAUAUAUUCCCUGUCGUUUUUCGGACGACUAUUAAGACUACAGAGAUUUGCUGUACAAAGAUGACUGCCUCCAUUCGCAUGCCAGCGAUCAGACGAUUAGCCCUCGUUCAUUUGUAUUUUCACUUACCAUCUUCGAUACAGCAAGUGUAUCCUCGUUACAUUAUUCACUUUUUAACUUAUUAUUUUCUUAACACUUUCCAUAACAAGCGUCCUGAUUCGAAGGGUAAUUCGUCGAUUCUUUUAUUCUUCACAUGAAACAAUUAAAUUAAAUCAUGUAAUAUAACUAUACAAAUGAGUAAACACGCUUAAGCUAAAAGCUAAAAGAAUUGUACAUAAAAUACACUUAAAAAAUUAUAUUUUAAUUAUAUAUAAUGUAAUAACAAUUAUUACAUUAUAUAUAAUUAUAUAAUAAAUUAUCUUUUUUCAUUUUUUUUACUGUUUAAAAUACGCAGAUUAUUGUGUAUUUUUACAGUUUGAAAACAACAGCUCAGUAAUGUAGCACUGAGGAUUUAAUUAAAACGAUUUAACUACUUAUCAUAAUUAUAUAAGCUAAGUAUUUGUUUCAUUUCACGAUCGAUUUUAUGUGAUGUAGUUUAAUUGUUUUUCGAUCUUAAAUAAUGAAGAGAAUCGACGAGUCUCGCGGAACAUUGCGCCCCGUCACAGAGACGCCGCACCUCCAAGGAUUCUUCAUUGUACAAAACAUAACUUGUUGAGCUCCUGAAAAAAAAACCGUCGAAUGCUUCCAGAGUAUAAGUGGAGUUGAAAUAUAUAGAUCGUAUAGAUAUAUGCACAUACAGAUACACGUGUACACACAUACAGAAGCGAAUUAAUCUAGUUAGCCCGAGGUAUGCAUAACAUUUGCAAACAUAACAGCAACAUGACAGCCGUGACUCCGAUCUUCGUACUUCGAGGAUUGUCCCCGGCGUCACGUUUUUCCUCCUCGUUUAGUACCUGAGCGACACACAGAGCCCGCGUUUACCCCGCGAUCGCCCCGUAAUGAAGCGCGAGAGUGGUGCAGGAUGGUCCAAGCACAGACAUGAGGGAAAAUGAAAGAACGUUUUAUUCAUAUUUCUGAGGUACGCCUAAAGAAUAAGAUGUUGCGAGAAAACUCGGUGUGUACUCUUUCGAAUGGUUUUUUAUUAUCAUAUCUCGCGUCUGUUACAUUCAUUUGUUUAUAUCUCGUUUGAUUAAAAUAAAUAAACUUGCAAAUACUCGUCGCGAGUUCUGGAGAGACCGCACCAUUCGGAAUAAGGAUUAUUCGCGCGAUCGAGGUACACCUCUUGACCUCGGGAGCAACUUUAAACACACGUGUGAGACGGGUGUCGUGCGUGUACAUAUAAAGCGCAAAACGUACAGGACAAACACAUAUACAUACACAUGCAGAGGAUAGUUAUGACUUAAAACCCCCGCUCUGUUGAAGAGGAGAAAAAAAAAUCGGCGUGUACAUAUGAUAUGCGACACUUAGCGAAUAUACACGAAACUCCCUUUUGUUGGUGCGUAUCUAGAGAAGAUCUUCAGGGUGUCGAGUUUUUCGUACGGGUCGAUUAUUCGCAGGCGAUUUUCGCGUUUUUCCCAAACAGGGAAAAUAUUCCUCUGCGAGAGGAAUAUUCGAAAAAUUCACAAUCGGUAUAUACAACAGUGAUCUAAUCUACUUUUUUCAAGCGCUCGAGGAAAUUUUAUAGCACAAUGAAAAAAUUGAUUCCUUUUUUCUUGUAAAAAAUUAUGUUUUGUAUCACUAAUAUAUAUAUAUAUGAAAUUUAUUAAAAAUGUCGAAAUUAUUUCUUGUUUAUUAUAUUCAGCUUUAUUAUACUGUACAUGUAAUUAGUUUUCGAAAUAUGUAAAUAUAAUAUAAUAAAAGUUAAAGAAUUAAAGUUGACGUUCGAUAGUGAAUCGUAAUAGUGACUCAAAGUUUAGAAAAUAAAACUUCCUUUGACAAGUGUUUGAGAAGAGAAAAAUGAUUUAGAUAACUGUUGCUGUGAAGUCUUCGGUUGCAUUUGAUUCGAGGGAAAUCGUCUGUGCGUAAGCAAUCUCAGGUACGAUAUGGUACUGUAACACAAUAGAUGUAAGAAGAAAAGAGAAUGAAACACCGACGGGGGCAUCUCUUCCUUGAAAAUUAGAGAAAGAAAGAGACAGACGCAUUUUUCGCAGCAAAAAAAAAGGCAAAGCAAACUUUAUCGCUGCAGCUACUGUACGAGUAUCAUCUAGAUUAAAAAUUUAGGCGACGUAAAGCGAACGUCACAUGUAUAUGUACCUAGACUCAUUUGUAACAUGUCGAGGAAAGAUGCUAGACUAAUUUGUUCGGUGUGUCUAUCGUUCGAUCCCUACGACGUACGCGGAAGACGACAAACCUGUACAUAGUGAUAUGAUAACGCUGAGGUACACACAGCUCCCUCCCGAUUGUUGUAUCAUAAUAACAUAUAAUAUAAAUAUUAAUAAAAAAAUAAUAAUAAACGCAUACGGCGCGAUCGCAGAAUUGUCAAGCUAGGGUAAAAGAAAAAAAAAGAAAAGGAGAAAGAGAGAAAGACGAUGAAAAAAAGAAGUGAAAGACUCUAUUUACGAAACGUGAUUAUUAUCCACGAAACACGCUCUGUUAAUGCGACUAAUUACAAAACAAAGUAACUGAAAAUUAAUUAUAGCGAGCGAGAGCAUACCACGCCUACAGUAAAACUACAGAUGUAGCAUACACGAUAAUAUUAUUAUCAAAACAGUUCAAUGUAAAUUGUUAUUUUUGUUGAAAUAAAAAUCACCUCCGUUAUAAUAA